AAUAAUAUUCAAUUUGCCUGCAUUUUCAUUGUAUUGCGUUUUGAGGCUAGAAAAUUUUAGAAAAUUAGAUUAUCAUCACUAAAUUAUCUAAGCUCUGAAAGUCUGACUGUGAUAAACGUAUGUAGAACAAUUAAAUGUUUCAUUGUUCAAGCAAUAAAAUCGUUGAAUGUUUACGACUUUUAUGUUUGUAAAACAAUGCACUUCGUCAAUUUAUUUUGUUGCUAUUCGAACAUUGCAGAAUUGUUUAGUUAUAACAAAGCGUCUGGAAUAUUCUUGCCCCUAUUUUCGGAGAGGACCGUACCAUUUCCUCAUUACUUUUUUAGAGACCACAAUAUGUUCAAGUUACUGCUUCUUGUAGGGGUCGUCUCGGCCUUUGUCGAUGAUGACCAGGUCGACAAGGUGUACUCUCUUCAUACCCGAUUCACCCCUGGAUCCCUUAACCUGACUACAGGGGAACUAAAAUUAUUUUCAGGUCACGCAAUGAACAUCAUCCAGUCCAAAUGCCCAAAUGUGGAUGCCAAGAAAAUCUUUCAAGUUCAAAAAUAUAUGGGCAAACUCCUCGCCAAGAAUGAACCAGUUCCUGGAACGUCGAAGGAGUUCAAAUUGCUGUUGGAAUCGAUGACCGUCUGUGCCAAGGAGGGUGUCAUCGCGAAACCUGCUGAGCCAGAAUUUGACCCAUCUGACAUGCAUUUCUCCCCGUUCCCAUUCUUCCCCCCAUUUCACAGGGUCAGGAAGGUAUUUGUGCAGAGAAUUCCAGGAGAAGGCACACCACCUGCUGGCGUGGACUCUGGAUUGCUAAGACAUUCCACUGAAACUCCGAUCACAAAAACCGGGCCGCUUCCAGGACCAACCCCACCACCACCACGCAUGAUUACGACCACCAUAUUUGUUCGUCCUCAAGACAUGAAAGAGGGGAUUAAAUCAAGUGGAGGAUUCUUCAACUGGAUUCACAACCUUUUCGCUCGAGUUAAAGGAUUUUUCAAAAACCCAUUCGGACGUCGGGCGAAACGUGGGCUUCCCGACAGCCUCCCACCACCACUUAUAGCUGAGGAAAUCAUGGCGUCAUUAAACCUUCCACAAGCUAAGGAAGGAGAGUCAAAUGGAAAACAAUCAUUUGGAGCAUUAAUUGAUCAAAUGUGUCGAAUUUAUUGUGAUUCUUGUACAGUCAAGAAAGAAAUUCGAUACUUCAAGAUGGCCGCUAAGCAAUUGCUGGCAGAUCUCUUUGAGGAAGAUUCUGGUCUCGAAGCAGCCGCAAAGCAGUAUCUGGAUGACGACUUCCUUGAUUCCAUUAAAAAAUGCGAGUAACGUUUCCAUUAUUUUAAUACGAAUGGAUUUUAUUAUUCUUGAGUACCAAAACUUAUUAUUAUUAAUUGUUCGAUGGCCAGUUAUAUUUGAAACAAUGAGUAAUAAAGAUUUCCAUCAAUUCUUCAUCCA